AUGGCGACCGUCGCACCACUGACGCUCAGACUGGGUCAUGCCGGCGCUGGGCCGCUAGCAGGUGCAGCCGGCUAUGGGUCCGGGUUGACAAUCGCCUCGACUGUGGGCAGUACAGGCGGCGUGGCACCGUCAAGUUCUGCCGCUGCCGCCAGCGCACUUUCGGCCUCGGGCUCGGUCACAAAGGUGCUCAUAGGGCCCGUACCGCUUGCAAGCAUCCUCGACCAUCACCUGAGACGGCCGGAGAAGCAAGACCGAGUGCUCGGCACGCUCUUGGGCGUCAGACGUGAGAAUGGAGAGAUUGAGAUCAGGUCGUCCUUCGGCGUGCCCUACUCGAUGAUCAACAAUCCGCAAACUCGGGAGGACGAUCUGCUCAUUGACGACUCGCACGACAACGACGAUUUCCUCAAUUUGCUCAACAAGGCCUCGACAUCGAGGAGUGCAGCCUCUCAGCAGGACCAUAUACUCGGCUGGUACACCACUGCGCCCAAGCUCUUCACCUUUACGCCGCUCAUCCACGACAAGUACGCCUCCAAGACGGCGCCCUUCCCUGCAAUCCACCUUACGCUCGACCCCGAGACGCUGCAAUUCAAGACCUAUGUCGGCGCACAGCUCGGCGUACAGAAGAAGCUCCAGAAUCUCGCCUUUCUGCCUGUCGCCAAUGAGCUCAGAGUGGAUGAGAGCGAACGUACCGCAGUCGACGUAUGGACACAACCAGCCUAUACGAGCGCAACCACUACCAAAGUCAAUGCUGCGACAGCCUAUGCGGGCGGCAUCGUCCUGCCACCUUCGCCAUUGAGCUCACUCAGGCAGCUGCUCCGACAGGUCUCUGUCAUGCUCGAUGCCGCUCUUGCCUAUGUCGCCUCUGUCAACGCAGGCGCGACCCAAGGCGACGCCAGAAUAGGUCGUCACUUGCUAGAGACUGUUGCCGCAGUGCCCCAAGCCGGCAGAGGGCAGACACUCUCGCAUGGCAACCCGAAUGACGCUACCCUCGCUGCUGGUCACGAUGCUGACGCUGAAGGCCAGGAAGGCUUGGAAGAGGAGUUCAACGCGCAUCUGGCAGACGUGCUCAUGCUCAACUAUCUAAGCAAUGUCGUUCAGAUCCAGCUCGACAUUGCCGCUCGUCUUACGCUCGUCCAAGACCGCCGGGACAGCGCGCGAUCCUAG